AUGGCGCCGAAACAUAAGACAUCGUUUGACGAGUUACGGGCACUUUUGGGGUUUGCCUCCAUAGGGCUUGCAAACACUAUUUUGCCAGCCGUUAUACAUGCGGCGAACUACCUCAUUGUCCCGUACCCCCGGGCCGUGGUCACUCUCAUCGAGCUGCUCCCGGUCGUCGCCGUGAAGCUGUCGCUGCCCUUCGUCAUCCACCGCAUACCAUGUCGGAUUCGGCCUCUAAUUGUUGCUGUGUGCUGGCUUGUUGCCAAAAAGGUCGCGGAUGACACGCCGCCAAACGUCAUGCCCCCCAUCCGCAUUGCGAUAUCGGUAUUGGCUUCCGUCUUAGCGGCCGUGAUGGAGGUUUCUUGCCUGGGAAUGAUCGGACACUCCGGCACACGGGCUUUGACCGGAUGGGGUUUCGGCACCGGUGCUGGACUCGUCGUCAAUGCCGUUUGGCCGUUCGUCCUCACUCGGAGGGCGGGAAAAGUACUCCGCAGCGCAACCGGAAGCGCCUACUACCUCGUAGCUCUUCUGAUAAUUGCACAUUUCUUCAUCCUGCCCCAGAGACUCACCAAGCGGAAACACACGCAUCGGGAUGUGGGUGAUGGGCGUGACGAGGAGGAAACGCACUCGUUUCUCGGGGUUGGCCAGUUCGGGCAGGAGUCUUCGAGUUCGAAAUCUUUCCGGAAAAAUCUCCAGAUUCUUCCCGGCCUGCUCAAGUCAAACAUGCUACCACUCUUCGCAGCUUCCACGCUGCUCUUCCUGCAACAGGGUGUUGCGCGGACUCUGGAUGGAUCGGUCUUUGGGACAUUCUCCCGCUUCGCAGCAACCUACGGCGUCUCCGUCCACCUCGGCACCCUGGUAUCCCGGUCCUCUGUCACAAUCUACCCAGUUCGGGAUCUGAGGACCUGUUUGAUAAGUUUAGUCGUGGUUGCGGUUUUCACCCUCUUCAACGCCGUUUUUCUCGUCUCGACUUACUGCGCCUUCCUUCUGGCAUUUCUGGCCGGACUCUCGAGUGGUUUGGUGUACAUUAACGUCCUUGCCAAAGUAAUGGAGGAGAAUGUGGAUAUGGACGAUCGGGAGUUUAGCCUCGGAGUCGUGACCGCCGGUGACGCAGCUGGAAUGGUCACGGGCGGUCUGCUCGGCGUUUUGUUGGAGGUGGAAAUGUGCAGGCGCCUUCUGAGUGCCAGGCGAUGGUGCCACCGGUCGAGAUAG